AUGCCGAACACAACCCCAGCCCGUCUGCCUUUGCAAACGCUGAGAGAUCGUUUGUCGGAGUUGUUCUCCGAAAACGACCCGCCCAAGAGAUUUCCUGAGACGGUACCGCAGAUCGGCCCCAAUUAUGGCCAGUAUCAAUCCAGAAACAUCGACUUUUGGACCUGUGGGUUCUUUGCAGGCAGCCUCUACUCACUUCUUGAGAGAGCCAUCAAAUGUCCCCACACGAUCAAAUCAGAUAAUCCAGACAUCGAUGUGCCCAAGCUACGAAGACGACUCCAAGUACUAGCACAGGCCUGGUCAGACCCCAUCCAUGGCGAAUCCCGACUUACCAACACUCAUGACCUUGGUUUUAUCCAAAUGCCCCAUAUGAGACCUAGGUGGGAAUUGUUUCAUGAUGAAAAGGCUCUCAACACCAUCUUCACGGCUGCCAAGAGCUUGCAUACUCGAUUCAAUCCUGUCGUUGGAGCUAUAAGGUCAUGGGAUCAGUUGACAUGGUUGAAAAUCCCACCUAUUAUAGGCAUGGAUGACAACUUCAUCGUUAUCAUCGAUUCGAUGUGCAACCUUGAUCUUCUCUUCUACGCCGCAGCUCACUCUGGUGACAAACAACUCGCAGAUGCCGCCAUUGCACACGCCCGUACGCUCCUGAAGUCACAUCUACGACUAGAACCACCGGAGCUAGAGCAACGGUUCCCCGGUUCAUUGUACAGCACCUGCCAUGUCGUCAACUUUUCACCAAUCAAUGGAGAAAUCAAGGGACGGUGUACAGCACAAGGAUACAGUACGUCGUCUACUUGGUCACGAGGCCAAGCAUGGGCCAUUUUGGGGUAUGCCCAGACGUAUGUCUGGACUGGGGAACGUGAAUUUCUAGAAACGGCAUGUGGACUUGCAGAAUACUUCUUAUUACGUUUGGAGAAAGCACCAGCAGCGGUUGAAGUCCCGGCACCGGAUGGUUCCGAGCGGAAGAUUGGGAGAUACGUGCCGGUGUGGGACUUCGAUGCUCCGAUUGAAGAUGGAGAACCCCCGCUGCGGGAUACCUCGGCCGGGACCGCGGCUGCCAACGGUUUGCUGAUCCUAGCCCAGUCUCUUGCGGGACAGGGUCUUCGCGAUGUCAGCGACCGAUUCCUACAGGCCGGGCUCAGAAUCGUGGAAGAGACUUUGGAAUUUUCCCUGGCUGAAGAGAAGGCUCGGCUGGACGUUGGAACGAACGGUGAAUUGACGGGCGUCGACGUGGUAGGAGGCGAAUGCUUUGAGUCAAUCUUGAAGAAUGCCACAGUCUGUAACAAUCCAAUGAGCAACCAUCGAAAAAAAGACCACGGGCUGGUCUAUGCUGACUACUAUCUGGUGGAGUUUGGUACAAGGCUGUUGCGGAUGGGGCUGGUUUGA